AUGGAAGGCGAAUCUUACCACAAUACGACCACUGUCAAUGGCACCCCAGUAAGUCACCAGCCUUUGGAACGCCAUGGGCUGUGGGAAGUCAUCACCAUUGCGGCUGUGACCGCUGUGGUAAGCCUGAUCACCAUCGUGGGCAACGUCUUAGUCAUGAUCUCCUUCAAAGUCAAUAGUCAGCUGAAGACGGUUAACAACUAUUACCUGCUCAGCUUAGCCUGUGCAGAUCUCAUCAUUGGGAUCUUCUCCAUGAACCUCUACACUACCUACAUCCUCAUGGGACGCUGGGUGCUCGGGAGUCUGGCUUGUGACCUCUGGCUCGCCCUGGACUACGUGGCUAGCAAUGCUUCCGUCAUGAACCUUCUGGUGAUCAGUUUUGACCGUUACUUUUCUAUCACAAGACCUCUGACCUAUCGGGCCAAGCGUACCCCAAAAAGGGCUGGCAUCAUGAUUGGCUUGGCCUGGCUGAUCUCCUUCAUCCUUUGGGCCCCAGCGAUCCUCUGCUGGCAGUACCUGGUUGGGGAGCGGACGGUACCACCAGAUGAGUGCCAGAUCCAGUUUCUGUCCGAGCCCACCAUCACUUUCGGCACUGCCAUCGCUGCCUUCUACAUCCCUGUUUCUGUCAUGACGAUCCUCUACUGCCGGAUCUACCGGGAAACGGAGAAGCGGACCAAGGACCUGGCUGACCUCCAGGGCUCUGACUCCAUGGCCGAAGCAGAGCCAAGAAAGCCGGCUCAUAAGGCUCUGCUGACGUCCUGCUUUAGCUGCCCUCGACCCACACUGGCCCAGAGGGAAAGGAACCAAGCCUCCUGGUCAUCCUCCCGCAGGAGCACCUCCACCCCUGGGAAGCCAUCCCAAGCCACUGGCCCAAGCACCGAGUGGGCCCAAGCCGAGCAGCUCACCACCUGUAACAGCUACCCGUCCUCGGAGGAUGAGGACAAGCCCGCCACGGACCCUGUCUUCCAAGUAGUCUACAAGAGUCAGGCCAAGGAAAGCCCGAGGGAAGAAUUCAGUGCCGAAGAGACCAAGGACACGUUUGUGAAAGCUCAAGCUGAAAAAAACGACUGGGACACCCAAAAAUACUUCUUGUCCCCAGGUGCUGCCCAUAGACCCAAGAGUCAGAAAUGUGUGGCCUAUAAGUUUCGACUGGUGGUGAAAGCUGAUGGGACCCAGGAGACCAACAAUGGCUGUCGCAAGGUGAAAAUCAUGCCCUGCUCCUUCCCAGUGUCCAAGGACCCUUCGACGAAAGGCCUGGAUCCCAACCUCAGCCAUCAAAUGACCAAACGAAAGAGAAUGGUCCUCGUCAAGGAGAGGAAGGCAGCCCAGACCUUGAGUGCCAUUCUCCUGGCCUUCAUCAUCACCUGGACCCCUUAUAACAUCAUGGUCCUGGUUUCCACCUUCUGUGACAAGUGUGUCCCAGUCACCCUGUGGCACUUGGGUUACUGGUUGUGCUAUGUCAACAGCACCAUCAACCCCAUUUGCUAUGCCCUCUGCAACAGAACCUUCAGGAAGACCUUUAAGAUGCUGCUCCUCUGCCGAUGGAAAAAGAAAAAAGUAGAGGAGAAGUUGUACUGGCAGGGGAACAGCAAGCUCCCCUGA